GCGAGCUGGGGGCGGCCGGGUGGGGCGGCGCGCGGGGCAUGCUGGGAGGCAGCUGGCAGGCGCCAUGCGUCGUUUUUUGCCCGGCUCUGGGGUCCCCUCAGGAAGGAGGGCCGGCGGCGGGUGCUUGUUCCCCGCCGAGCCGCUGCCCACCUUUGCUGCUUAAAAACCCGGUCGCGGCAGCAGGAGAAGGCGAGUCCUUGAUCUUCCCAUUAUAUCAAUGCUGAGUUGUUUUUAUUUUUUUAUUCGUUUUAUUUUUUUAAAGUGAUGGUUUUCUCCCUGAGUUUUCAGCUGCGUUGCAGUCAGAAGCUCAACAGGUGAUGUUUACUGUGCUCCUAGGGCGGGAUAGGGCGGUGGACUUGCCUUCCGUGGAGGUUUCUUCUUCUUCUUCUAAAUCACUUUUUAUUAAGUUAAAAAAAAAUUCAAUAUAUACUUCCCAGGCUAUAGCAUUGGAGGUCUUUAAACAGAGGCUGUCAUGUAUGAUCUAGUUGAGAUUCCUGCAUUGCGGGGGUGGGGUUGGACUGGAUGACCCUCGGGGUCCCCUUUCAACUCCACACCAUUCUGCGAUGGUCAAGCCAUAUCUACACCAGGCAUUUAACCCCCGAAACACUCAUGGCUUCACCCUCCCAAAGCAUUCUGGGAGGUGUAGUUUGUCCAGGGAGCUGAACGUGGUUAGGAGGCCACUCUGUUGCUGGGAAACCCAGCCAGAUGGGUGGGGUACAAAUAAUAAAUAAUAAUAAUUAUAAUUCCUGACCCUACCUGUCAAAGAGGGUUUGACUGUCAAACCCCCUCUGGAAAAUGGUUUGCUCUCAGCACCCUCAACAAACUCCAGCUCCCAGGAUCCUUUGGGAGAAGCCAUGACUGCCUAAAGGGGUAUCAUAGUGCCUUAGAUGUGUGGUGCGAAUGUGCCCUUAAAGGGACCCUGUGAUGCAACAAGAGCACAUGCCAUUUUAUUUCUUCUCUUCACCCUUACCAAAUGUCUUUGGAUCUGUUUUUUUUUUAAUUGAAACUUCUGAGAUUUUAAAAAACCGAUUUCAUCUUCGCCGUUACGCUCCCUCUAAGAAACUCAAGAGCAGAAUAUGUGCUCUUUUUCUUCCUCUCACCCCAUCUUCAUAACACCCCUGAGAGGUAGGCUAUAGGCUAAGGCGAAAGAUAGCCACAUGGCAGACCUUUUCAUUCCCCCUAGUCUUGAUCUGACAGUUAACCACUAGGCCACACUUGCAAUUCUUCUUUUUAUCUUAACCAGGGUUUUAAUUUGCACCUGAUCUCCAAGCGUAGUAGAUAAACCUCCCCAGUUAAAUAACUGUUGAUUUCCUGACUGCAGACAGGUUUGUGUGUUGAGACGCCCCCGCUCACCUGCAGCUAUGGGGGUCCCUCCCCAACCACAAAAAGGAGCCCAGAAGAAGGAAGAGAGGAAACGAACCUUGCCUGCCUCCUCAUCCAAGGAGGGGCGGCCCAAGGAAAACAAGAGAGAGCCUGCCUCCUUAACCCAGGAGGGGGGGCCCAAGGAAAAGAGAGAGCCUGCUUCCUCAACCCAGGAGGGGCAGCCCAAGGAAAAGAAGAGAGAGCCUACUUCCUCAACCCAGGAGGGGGGGCCCAAGGAAAGCAAGAGGGAACCGCUACCCAAACUGGAGCCUGCGGCAGCUGAGUAUUUCCGUCGGGCUCAUGAGACAUUGAAAUCCGGGUUUGACUCUGACGAGGAGAAAGGUGAGAUGUUUUGGGAGAUGCAGGUUGGGUGUGAUGAUGGGGAAAGCAGGUGGAGACAUGGUGGGGGUGUACGUAUAUGAAAAGGUAAAGGACCCCUGGACAGUCCAGUCGAAUUCGACUGUGGGGUGUGGCACUCAUCCCCGCUUUCAGGCCAAGGGAGCCGGCGUCUGUCUGCAUACGGCUUUUCUGGGCCGUGUGGCUACCAGUGUGACUGAACCGCUUCUUGUCUUGGGUCUUGUAAAGAGGUAAAGGACCUGGGUGGGUUCCCAAAGCUGCAGAUGUUCAUUGGGUUAUGUGAGCUAAGAGCAGGAGGCCUUGAUGGGCAGCCGUGUAAAUAAGCCCACGCAAGUUGCUAGUCGUCAACAUUUAUUUUGCUAGCCUGCUAAAAUUCUAGUAUUUUUGAUUCUGCCUGCAGCAGAGGGAUUUCCUUUCCACUGUGGCUAGCAUGGAAAUCCAGGCCCUUUAGCUUCUUAGAAGUCUUGUUGAAAAUACUCCAGUACUACUUUUAUUAUUGCCAUUAAUUCAUUCAUCGCCGCCUAAACUACCAUCUCAAGGUGGCUUAUAUAGAAGAUGACAAACAACACAAAGCCAACAGAUAUACAGAUAUAACAAAUGAGAAUAAAACCACUCAUGGGGAAGACAAAUUUAUCCAGCUGAGCAGGCCUGCCUGAACAAGACUGUCUUCGAUAGCUUCUGGAAAGUGCAGGCAGUGAGGGCCUGUCGUAUCUCAACAGGAAUGUUGUUCCACUAGUCACUGUCCCUCAGCCUAACCUACCUCGCAGGGUUGUCAACUCACUUAGGGGGCAGCUUUCUAUGUCACUUUGAGCUCCUUGGAGGAACAGUGGGCAACCCCCCCCCCCCCCCCGUGUAUGAGUAGCUCACGCCCACCCAACAGGCUUCCUGGCUGACUGGAUAUUUCAGUUUGGGUCUACAGUUGUACCUUGGAUCCCGAACGCCCUGGUACUGGGACAUUUUGGCCCCAGAACUCCACAAACCUGAAAGCGAGUGUUCUGGUUUGUGAACGUUCUUUGGAACCCGAACGUCUGACAGGGCUUCCGAUUGGCUGCAGGAGCUGCUUCCUGCAGCUAAUCAGAAGCCACGCUUUGGUUUCUGAACAUUUUGGAAGUCAAACAGACUUCCAGAAUGGAUUCUGUUUGACUUCCGAGGUACCACUGUGCUUGAUUUUUAAGUGCAAUGGUUCUGCGUCAUUGUACCAAGCACAGCUGCCAAUUCCAUUUAUUCCUUCUGGCAGAUCAGGCCCAGCCCAGAGACCAGGAGUGGGGAAUUUGACACAGGCCAAAUGUGACCCUGCAACCCUCUCUAUCUGGCCCUUGGCUUUCUCCCCAGGGCAUAUGCCUCUCUGGGCCUGCUCCACACUCUCCUUGAGUGUCCUUCAGCUCUUAUUUUCUAGGAAAAUAGAGAAGUGCGUGUAGCAGCUAGCCUUGCUCUACAAACAUAAACGGUGACGGCCAUCUCUCUGCCCACAUUUCCCUUUGGCCCCGCCCACCGCCAGCAAGUGGCCCUCAAAAGGUUGCUCAGAAGGGAGAGUGGCCCCCAGAGUGAAAAAUACUACUAUUUCUGUUCUUUUUCUUUAAUAAUACUAAUAAUAAUAAUAAUUUAUUUAUUUAUACCUCACCCAUCUGGCUGGGUUUUCUCAGCCACUCUGGGCAGCUCUCAACAGGCUAUGAAAAACACGAUAAAAUUCCAAACAUUAAAAACUUCCCUAAUCAGGGCUGCCUUCAGAUAUCUUCUAAAAGUCAGGCAGUUGCUUAUCUCCUUGACAUCUGAUGGGAGGGCAUUCCACAGGGUGGGAGCCACUACCGAGAAGGCCCUGUGCCUGGUUCCCUGUAACCUCACUUUUCGUAGGGAGGGAACUGCCAGAAGGCCCUCGGUGCUGGACCUCAGUGUCCGGGCUGAACGAUGGGGGUGGAGACGCUCCUUCAGGUAUACUGGGCCAAGGCCAUUUAGGGCUUUAAAGGUCAGCACCAACACUUUGAAUUAUGCUCAGAAACAUACUGGGGGGCAACGUAGGUCUUUCAGGACCUUUCAGGACCAAAGCGUGUAUUAUGUGGUCUUAGCGGCCCAGUCUGUGAUCCCAGUCACCAGUCUGGCUGCCGCAUUCUGGAUUAGUUGCAGUUUCUGGGUCACCUUCAAAGGUAGCCCCACGUAGAGUGCAUUUCAGUAGUCCAAGUGGGAGAUAACUAGAGCAUGCACUACUCUGGCGAGACAGUCUGCAGGCAGGGAGGGUCUCAUCCUGCGUACCAGACGGAGCUGGUAGACAGCCGCCCUGGACACAGAAUUGACCUGCGCCUCCAUGGACAGCGGUGAAUCCAAAAUGACUCCCAGGUUGCGCACCUAGUCCUUCAGGGACACAGUUCCCCUAUUCAGGACCAGGGAGUCCCCCACACCCGCCCUCGCCCUGUCCCCUUAAAACAGUACUUCCUUUGAUAAGGCAAUCUCCGCCCCUACAGCUAUGUACCAUCAAUAGCAUCUUCAAAGAGCGAGCUCUGUUGCCAUAGAGACAAAUGGCUUGGCUUUCUUCUGUAUCACCCGGCUGAAUGCCACCUCAUCCCAGGAUGGAAGGCUGGUGAUGAAACUACAACUCCCAUCAGCCCCAGCCAGUGCACGCUGGCGGGGGGGGGCUGGUGGGUGUUGUAGUCCGAAAUGCCUGAUGACGGCUGGGUUGAAAUAAUUUUCUGAAGGUCAGAGUAGCGGAACAGGCUCCUUUAGAAGGAGGUGGGCUCACCUUCACGGAGGCUGGGUGGCCAGGCAGGGAGGGUCAUCUGAUGGGAGGGCGUUCCACAGGGUGGGCGCCACCACUGAUAAGGCCCUGUGCCUGGUUCCCUGCAACCUCACUUCUCGUAGGGAGGGAACCGCCGGAAGGCCCUCGGAGCUGGAUCUCAGUAUCCGGGCCAAACAAUGGGGGUGGAGACGCUCCUUUAGGUAUACUGGGCUGAGGCCGUUUAGGGCUUUAAAGGUCAGCACCAACACUUUGCAUUGUGCCCGGAAACAUACUGGGAGCCAAUGUAGGUCUUUCAGGACCGGUGUUAUGUGGUCUUGGCCGCUCCCAGUCACCAGUCUGGCUGCCACAUUCUGGAUUAGUUGUAGUUUCCAGGUCACCUUGAAAGGUAGCCCCACGUAGAGCGCAUUGCAGUAGUUCAAGCGAGAGAUAACCAGAGCAUGGACUACUCUGGUGAGGCAGUCUGCGGGCAGGGAGGGUCUCAGUCUGCGUACCAGAUGGAGCUGGUAGACAGCUGCCCUGGACACAGAAUUGACCUGUGCCUCCAUGGACAGCUGUGAGUCCAGAAUGACUCCCAGGCUGCGCACCUGGUCCUUUGGGGGCACAGUUGCCCCAUUCAGGACCAGGGAGUCCCCCACACCCGCCUGCCCCCUGUCCCCUUAAAACAGUACUUGCUCUACUCUGGCGAGACAGUCUGCGGGCAGGGAGGGUCUCAUCCUGCGCACCAGAUGGAGCUGGCAGACAGCUGCCCCGGACACAGAACUGACGUGACGUUCCCUUGCCUUUCUCCCCCCCCCCCAGCCCUCUUUGUCAGCAACGUCCUGGUGGAAGCGGAAGCUGUGGCCCUCCCUCUGGCCCUGGACACAGCCGGCUCUCUGCUCCUCCAGGCCCUCCUCCCUUCCGCCUCUGCGCCCAGCCUGAGCCGCCUGCUGCGAGCCUUCCUUCCCUCUCUGCGCCUGGCCGCCUGCCACCCCUGCGGGGCUCACAUCUUGGAGGCCGCCCUGCUCAGAGCACCGGUCCUGAUUUCGGAGGGAGCAGAGGAUGCUGAGGAGCUGGAGGACCACGUCCUGGAGCUGGCGAGGGCCGUGCAGGAGGAGCUGCCCACCUUUGCCCUGGACACCCACGCCAGCUUCGUGGUGCGGACGCUGCUGCAGGUGCUCGGAGGGGUCCGGGUCAGGUCGGACGGGGGACGGGGACUCCCGGGGUCAGGUGAGUGCAGGCUCGCUAUUUAUUUUAUUUUAUCUCUUAAUUUUAUAUCCCACCCUUCACCCGAAGAUGCGGGGCAGCUUGCAGCAUAAAAAUGCAAAACACUUGAGAUAACUAAACAAAACAAACCCGCUGAAAAACAAAUGCCAUUUUUAAAAUUUCAUUUUAUAAUUUAUAUAAAACAGAUAGAGAAAUUAAAGCAAAAGAUGGAAAUGAAAACUUUUUCUUUUAAACCCCCCGCUCUUUUGACACAUUUUUGUUUCGGCAAGCCUCUCCAGCUGAAGCGAGUUUUUGUCUGUUUUCAGUCUAUUGUUGUUUUAGCUUUUCGAAAGUAUUAUUGUUUUAAAUUUCAUCGUUUUAUCUUUUUUAAGACGACUGUGAGGUUGGUUAUUGUUGGUUUUUUUUUCAACCAAGCGGUGUAUAAAUUGUAUGCGAUAAAAAUACAUAAAACUAGCAUCGGCGUGUAGAAUAAGUACAGUUACAUAUGGGGUAACUAGCAAAUCAUUAAGUUAUGAAAAAGGUGAGACUUAAAGGAAGAAUGUUAAUAUUAUUUCAUUGUCAAGCGUGGUUCAAAGUCUGCCAGGCUUGUGACGAUGGUUGACUUAAAAAUGAUGGUUCCGAUAUAUUUGUUAUGCCAAAUCAUGUAAAAUUAUGUGUAAUUUUCACCAUUAUAGCCGUAUCCCAGAGUGAGUGGUGCCAAACAUGCGGUGUAAGAUUUUUGAACUUCUUUCCGCUGAGUUGCAAUAAUUAUUUGAGCUCCCAAGAUCGUGCAUAAGGCCGGUUCUUUUGACAAUAUAUCUACAUUUGUAUCAUCGAAAACAUUCAUUCAUUCAUUAGCAUUUGAUUUUGGACAGCAAACUGUGUGCUUUUUAGUGGCGUGCAUCAUUUCUGUCAACAUUAAAUUCCGGAAAAAGUGCAUUUCCACCAUAAAUGACAAAAUGUGCUCAGUUUAUCACAAUCCUUCCAACAAGGAUAUAGGGGAGAACAUUUGCAACACUUGGAAAGGAGGGCCGUGAGGGUGUUUUAAUAUCAACUAUCUUCCUUCCCCUGACAAUUUUUUCUCUCUCUCAUGAACAUUUCUCUCCUUCUCUCUCCUCCCUCCAGAGUCUUCUUUCUCCAGGGCCAAAAAGGCUAAACUGGAGAGCGAUGGGCCUUCGGAAUUUGAGGUCCCAGAAACCUUCCAGUCCCUCCUGGGCGAAUUCAAAGGGAGCUUUCAGGAGCACAUUCCAAGUGAGGCUGCGCCGCCUGCUGCGAAUGCGAAUCCAGCUCAACCUAGGGGACUCCUGGAGGGAGGAGGGGCUGUUGGAUCUGACGGACACUUCCAUCAGCUUUAGAAAAUGGGGGGGGGGAGAGGGUCUUGGGGGAGAUACAGUGGACUGUACCACUUCCAUGCUGUGGAUGGGGUCUGUGUGCAAUUCUCUCUUUUUCAAAAAAAUAGUUUUUUAUUAUGGAUUUUCUUGUGUUACGAAACAAACAAAUAAGCGAAGGAAAGUACAAUUGGGGGAAAGGAGAGAGAGAUGAGGGGCCGUUGUUCUUUCAUUCUUUCAUUGCUGAUCGUCGUUGGAAGGGACCCCUGAGGGUCAUCCAGUCCAACCCUCUGCAAUGCAGGAAUCUUGGCUAGAUCAUACAUGACAAGCAGCCACAAAACCCACAAGGGAAGAGAGCCUGUGCCUCGUUUCUGAUAUGCAGGAUUGAAAAUGCAAAGGGGCGUUCCAAAAUGUGAUUUUCUUCCGCCUUUCUCGCCUCCCAUCUCCAACUUACUUUGUGAAGUCAUUUUAAGUCUGUUCCACUGCUGUGGGCCUCUUUUUGCCUUAUUGUGGUCUGCAUGCAUAGAUCAGAGUGCAAAACCUUGGUCUUAAAAGACGAGACCCCAGAUUACAUUUGCAAAAAUGAACAGACGUGUUUGAGGGAGCUGAAGAACGUUGGCGUGAGAUGGGCUGUACUCUUAUACGAUGUAGCUUUGCCUUUUGCUCUGUUGGGGCAUCUAUCUAGUAGCAUUGCAAUUAUUACUGUUCUCAUCUACCGUAUUUUUUGCUCUAUAAGACUCACUUUUUCCCUCCUAAAAAGUAAGGGGAAGUGUGUGUGCGUCUUAUGGAGCGAAUGCAGGCUGCGCAGCUAUCACAGAAGCCAGAACAGCAAGAGGGAUUGCUGCUUUCACUGCGCAGCGAUCCCUCUUGCUGUUCUGGCUUCUGAGCUUCAGAAUAUUUUUUUUCUUGUUUUCCUCCUCCAAAAACUAGGUGGAUCUUGUGGUCUGGUGCGUCUUAUAGAGCGAGAAAUACGGUAGUACUUUUCAUCCUGCUCUUCUUACUCGUUGUAACAAGGGACACGGAUGUCAGGUGUGGGUGACGGGUGGCGCCCCCACCUGCAGUAUCUCCUUGCUGAAGUUUAGCAGCUAAACGUCUCCCUCCAAAAUCUUCUUUCCCUCCCCAGGUUUCAUCACCAACAAGUAUUUCAGCCUCUGCCUCCAGGUGGCGCUGGAGGUCUUGCACCGGAAGCUGCCAGCGGACUGCUCAGAGCUGUGCCACUCGAUGAUUGGCUACUUGAGCUCCCGCAAUGUGUCUCCUGGGCAGAGGUAAGCGCUCUGAUUGGCUGUGGGCAGUGGGGGCGGUGAUGGUGGGAGGAGACUUGGAAGCUGCUGCUGCUGCUGUUCCUUUUUAAAGAGAUUUCUAUUAGAUUUUCAUAACUUUAACCAAUGAAUUUCAAAUCUGUUACACAUUUCUCUUAUAAUUUGACUUCCUACCUUGCCGGUCAUGCUGUUUUUAUACCCAUCCCUUUGGUAUGCCUCAUAAUAUUCUGCAUUUCAUCUAAUAUAUGUUCCUCUAGUUCAUAUAUCUUCCCGUUGCUCAAAUUUCAAAUCCUGCCUGUGAUUUCGUUUGGAAGCUGCUGCUGCUGUUCUGGGUGGAUUUAGAACACAGGAUAAUAGAAUUACAGAAUCAUAGACUUGGAAGGGGCGCAAGGAUCAUCUAGUCCAACUCCUAACAAUUCAGGCAUCUCGCCCCGUUGUCCCCUUUCCAAUUUGAAACCAUACCGGGCCCUGCUUAGUUCUGCAAACAUGCGAGCAGUUUUAUUGCUGCACCCACUAGAGAAUAACGAUAAUUUCAUUAUUUAGACCCCACCCACCUGGCUGGGUUGGAGUGGAGCUGUCCUGCCUUCUAGCAAACUUGCGGGGACUCCAUUUAAAAAGAAGUAAACUUACAGGGCCAUGUUGUGAUUGUCCAGAUUGCAACUACAAAAUAUUACUCACCAGCACUUCCUGUUGUUCGCUGUUGGUUCUCUGGGCAGUGUGGUUAGAGCGCCUUGCCUUCUAUAUCUCCCAAAACUGGUUUGAAGUCCGCAUUGGGAUAACGGUUUCAUGAUAUUGGACCCUGCGAUAUAUCGCCAGUGUGCGCUAUGCAAAAAUCGCGAUGCGGGGAAAGCCAGCAAACGCUUCUCUCUAUUCCUGCAGCCCCUGCUAACUCUUCUGGCUCUCCUCUCCCCUGCCUCCUGCAGGGGACAGCGAACCACAAGAGCAGGCGCUGACGAAAGCAGCUGCCGAGACCUGCCCUCGGACGCCAUACGGUUCUUGCUUUAAGUCAGUGGUACCUUGGUUCUCAAACUUAAUCCGUUCCGGAACUCUGUUCCAAAACCAAAGUGUUCCAAAACCAAGGCGCGCUUUCCCAUAGGAAGUAAUGCAAAAUGGAUUAAUCCGUUCCAGGCUUCUAAAAACAACCUGUAAAACAGGCAUUUAACGUGAAUUUUACUAUCUAACGAGAACAUCGUUCCAUAAAACGAAACCACUAAACAAUGUACUGCACACAAUCAGUCAGUCAUUAGCUGAACUGGGUUCCACACAGUCACACAAAAAAGAGAGCCACGAAAACGCAAAAGAAAUAGCAAAAACAGACAGACCUCAGCGUAACACUCAAAACGGAAGUGUGGCACUCAAAGCGGACGUGUAACAGUCAAAACGGAGCACGUUCGGCUUCCGAAAAAAGUUCGCAAACAGGAACACUUACUUCUGGGCUUGCAGUGUUUGGGUUCCAAGUUGUUUGAGAAACCAAGGCGUUUGAGAACCAAGGGUCCACUGUAUAGGAUAGGUGCCAAUCUGGUAGGUGGUUGAGGGAAAUGCCAGCUGAUUUGGCUCCAGGCUUCUUGCUGGGGUUCCUGUUCCCCCUUCCUUUCUCCUGUGAAAAAAAUGAACGGGUUAUCUGCUUCUGAGUUAAACAAAAAAUCAAUCAUGCCCUGUUGUUUAAGCCUCUUUCCUCCCUUCUUCCCUCUUGUACAUGUGUGCCUUUGUCUCCCUGUGCCUACGCUUUUCCCUUCUGCAUUUGUUUCUGUGCGCAUUUGUCUAUGUGUUGGUGCCUCUUCCUUGUCUCUCUCUCCCUUUGUGAGCAUGUGUGGAAUUGCCUGUCUCCCUCCCCAUUUUCUCCUCCUUACCCUUCAUCUCUCCCCAAUUUCCCCUUCACCCAGUGCCGGAUUUACGUAUAAGCUAAACAAGCUAUAGCUUAGGGCCUCACUCUCUUGGGCCCCCCCAAAAAAAAAUUAAAGGAAAAAAACAACAAUGUACAUUUCCAAAGUAUAAGAUAUAAAACAAAACCUACAUACAGCAAUUGUGUUUUAUGUUAUGAAGGCUCCUCUGAUGUAAGCCAGGCAUAGGCAAACUCUGCCCUCAAGAUGUUUGGGACUACAACUCCCAUCAUCCCUAGCUAACAGGACCAGUGGUCAGGGAUGAUGGGAGUUGUAGUCCCAAAAACAUCUGGAGGCCUGAGUUUGCCUAUGCCUGAUGUAAGUCAUGGGCCCCGCCUGCUAGCCUGCUCCCAAAAUAUCAUUGGUUUUCACCUUUCUAUAUAGAGGGUGCCUACAUUCUGCACGGACUGGUUGCAUGGCAACAUGGGCAAAUGGCUUGAGAUACUGAUUAGGUCCAUAAAUUACCAUAUAGCAUAUAUUUAACAGAAAAAAACAGCGACAAAGGAAAGCUGGACAUAUAAAGGGCCCUGUUUCCUUCAGUAGCUUAGGGCCUCAUCAAACCUAAAUCCAGCCCUGUCCUCACCCCCUUUGCUUUCUCACACAUUUGUUCACACAACCCUAUACUUUUGUCGUUGUUGUUAUCCUCCUCCAUUUUUCUUCUUUUCCACCCCCGCCGGUGAGAAUGAAAAGGGGUGGGGAGAAAUGUUCUUAUUUUUCUUUUCUGGUCGUUUUACAUUGUUGGUUCCCCUUAAAUAGCUUACCCCUAUAUUAAAAAGGCAGGUUUUAUGAUUAUUCUUAUUUAAAGGAGGCUAUCUCUUGGCUUCCUUGUCCUCCCUCCUUCUCCCCCUUUGAUUAAGGGGGAGAGAUUGGUGGGACGAGGGUUUUUUGGGGGCCUUCUGUGUCACAAUGGGGGGAGAUGGAGGGGGGAAGAAGGUUGAUCUGGCUGCCUUGUGCUGAAAUGGGAGGCUGGGUAGUUGAGAGGCGAGAACGAUAUGGAAGGUGUUUGCUGGUAAGCAGUGGGAGCAAAUGCAUGUCUUCUCAGAAGCAAGCCCUGCUAAAUUCAAUGGGGCUUACUCCUGGGAAAGUAGAAGUAUGGUAGAUUUAGUUGAACAUAGUGGGACUUACUCACUUGGCCCUCUGAGUGGGGAACAGGGUGGAUUUGAUUUAAAUCAAAUCGAUUUAAAUCACUAGUCAGUAAGACUUGAUUUAAAUCUUUUUUUUUACUGAAUGGUUCAUUCUUGCUGGUAUCAUAUUAAUAUUUACAACCAGAGGAAAGUUUCAUUUUUGGAAUAAUAAAUUUUCAGAGUAGUUUUUACAGUUACAUAAAAAAUCACUGAGCUGGUUAUACUGUCAGAAAUACACAGGCUGAUAAUUAUGAGAUUAUUGUGAGGUUUAAUAAGUUAACUGCUUAUAUUUGGACAACUUUUCUGCUGUACUUUAUUGGAAGGAGAAAGAUAAAUAGAUAAUAAUUUCCUUAAUAAGUUUAAACCAUUUAUUUAACUAAAACAAUAACAUUAUAGCAUAUGUAUCCAUGUUUGUUAACUGAUGUGGUUAAAGUUUUUGAAAAAAAUUGACUGAGUUUUAGCACACAUGAAAAACUCUUUAAAAAUCAUUAUUUCCUGAUGAAUAUAUUGCUUUUGGACUAUAAUGUAACUUGAUUGGAAAACUAUCUUUGGAAAGAUUUUUUCCUCCAAAAGCAUUUUAUUUUAAAAAAUUCAAUUUUAAUUUAAAAAUAUCCGAUAAAGAAAAUAAUAAUCUGAUUUAAAAUAAUAAUAAUAAUUGAUUUUUAUUCACCCUGGCGGGGAAGCAGAUGCAACUUGACACUAGUAAAUUACUAAUUGUUAAUCACAUGCAAGUUUAACAUUUUUACUAAAUCGACCACUUUCACAAAUUUUAAAUUUGCCCCCCAAACCGCACAGAACAUUAAAAUAUUCUCCAGAAACCUUCAGUGGUGCUGUUGAAGCAUGCUAUUGUUGAGUUAAUUUUCGUAGAAUUAUGUGCGUCCAGUUUAGAUUUUUUACUUUUGUUCAAUAUUUUCCCAGAUUAAUUGCGUUCACUAUGACUCAUCGCCGUACUUUGGAACGCCCCGAAUACCACCAUCUGGUAGGCAAGCCCAAAACCAAAAGUCCCGUUUGGAUGCAUUUUGGUUUGCCUGCUGACGAAAGCGACCGCGUGGUGGUUCAUAAUAUCGCCAUUUGUAAAAUAUGUUUGCAUUCCGUAUCAGUGAAGGGCGGAAACACCACCAAUCUCACUAGCCACCUCAAGCUGCACCACCCCCAGAAAUUUAAGGAGCUGCCUUCUUCAUCGGCGGGCGUUUCCGAUUAUUCAUGUAACAAUGCCGACGACCCUCCGGCUGCAGCAGCGGCGGCGGCGGUCAGCGCCUCCGAGCCGGCCAAAACCGCCGCGGAAAUUCCUAGGAAACGGCAAAAAACGCUGUUGGAUUUUCAGCCGCUCAGUUUUGAGACCCCCCGAUCUUGUAGCCAGGCCAUCACGGAGUACCUGGCUACCUGCAUGCAGUCUUACAACAUAGUAGACCACCCAAAAUUUAUCCAAAUGGUCAACACCCUGAACCCAAGGUACCAGUUGCCCAGCAGAAAAUACUUUGCAACCAAAGGCGUUCCGACGUUGUACAACGACACGGUGGAGAAAAUGAGGAGGGAAAUCGGUCGGGUAAAGGAGAGUGAGCUGGUCAUCACUACCGAUUGCUGGACGUCAGUAGGAGGCACCCCGUUUUUGGCCGUGACGGUCCAUUUCAUUUCCGACGAGUGGAAACUGAUCAACGCUUUCUUGGGCUGCAAGCACUUUCUGAAGGACCACACCUCCGACAACCUCUGCGAGAUGCUGGCCGACACCUUGUCGGAGUGGGACAUAGACGUGAAGAACAUCUUUUGCAGCACGACGGACGAUAACGGCGCCAUUCUGAAAGCCGUCCGGCAGCUGGGCUUGGAGUACAUCUCUUGCUUUGCCCAGAACAUCAACACCGGCGUCGGCCGAGCUUUGAACCUGACGCCGCUGCGGAGGGCGAUCGUCAGGCUGAAAAGCCUGCAGAACACCAUUUGCCACAGCUGGAAGAUGAGACGAGACCUUGGCAAAGCCCAAGAGCUCCUUCAGAUGGAGAAAGUGAGCCUGCCCAGCGCUUGCCCCACGAAAUGGUGGAGCGUGCUUAAGCUCUGCCGGAGGUUUCUCGAAAACCAGCUCCCGGUUUGCAAGAUGCUGAUGGAUUACCCGUCCAAAAAGCAUUUGAUGUUGGAAGGCUGCGACGUCUCAGCUGUGCAGGACUUUGUCUCUGCGGCUACCUUGCUGGAAGACAUCACAACGACUCUCAGCGGGAGCAGCUGCGUCACAGCCUCCUCCGUUCUUCCUCUCUAUAGGCAAAUUAAGAAGCGUCUCCAGCCCGAGGAGGGAGACAGCACGCUCUUGCAGGACAUUAAACAUGAGAUUUUGAGCGCGCUGUCGGAAAAGUACGAAAACGGGCCCAUGGUGACCACUUUGGGCCUGGCCUCGUUGUGCGACCCCAGGUUCCGCCUGCGUUUUUUGGAGUCCCCAGAGGCCGUCAGGCAGGAGGCCAUACAAAAGAUGGCCGACUUGCACGCUGGCAGCCUGUCUGCGGAGCCAGACGCUCAGCCUGAUACACCCAAAAAGGAAGGCUUGGCGAAAAUUUUCGAUUUGGAGGAAGAGGAGGACCUUUCGGGGGAUGGAUUUGAACCGCUGUCUGUCUUGAAAGCCGAAAAAGAGCUGAAAGGCUACAUGGCGAUGCCUAGAGUGAACUUUGAUGAUUCCCCACUGAUGUGGUGGAAGACGAACGAGGCGUUCUUCCCAAUGUUGAAGGUGCUCGCAAAGAGGUUUUUGGCUAUCCCGGGGACGAGUGUGUCUUCCGAAAGUGUGUUCAGCUCGGCUGGCAACGUUCUCCAGAAACAAAAGGCGUCUCUCUUGCCGGAGAACGCCGAAAUGCAAAUCUUCCUGGCAAAAAAUAUAAAUUUCGUUUGACGAGUUUCUUCCCCCUCUGUUAAAAUUUAUCCAGGUUUACGAAAGAAAACGAACAAAACAGUCAAAUAACUGGUGUUGUGGGCUGUAUAUGCACAUUCAGCUAAAACUCUAUACUUGAAAUACCUAAAAGUGUGACGCAGAAUUGGCUUUUUUCGCCUUGUUCAGCAAUGUAGUUGAAUUGUUAGGGAGCAUUUUCUCACCUUGCCUUUGAUAUCUAUGCUGCUAACUCUUUAAUUUUAGAGAAAAUGUGCUGGUUAAAAAAAUUAUCAGUGCUGUGAAAUAACUGUUGUAACAGUAUGCUAAAGGUAAGUAAAACUGUAUGCAUUUUAGACCCCUAAAUAGCCGCAGUUGCCAGGACAUUCCCCUGUUUGCCUUGACAAAGCUCCAUCCUUCUUUCAGCCAUCAUGAUAUACAGUGGUACCUCGGGUUACAGACAUUUCAGGUUACAGCUUCCGCUAACCCAGAAAUAGUGCUUCAGGUUAAGAACUUUACUUCAGGAUGAGAACAGAAAUCGUGCUCCGGCAGCACAGAGGCAGCGGGAGGCCCCAUUACCUAAAGUGGUGCUUCAGGUUAAGAACAGUUUCAGGUUAAAAACAGACCUCCAGAACGAAUUAAGUACUUAAACCAAGGUACCACUGUAUCGGUAUAUUGCGAUGUUUCGCUGGUGAUACGUCACAGUGUUGAAAACCAGAUAUUGCCCAGCCUUUCCUAGGAGCUCAUUACUGUCCCUUAGCCUAACCUACCUCGCAGAUUAUUGUGAUUAUAAAAUGGGAGAAGGGGUGAAGGAAGCAGGUUGCAGCCUGGCAGAAAUGGUUUGGUUUCUUUUGCGUGACAUUGACAGCUUCCUAACACACACACACACACACACACACACACACACACACACACACAGAGUCAGUGGCGCUCUGUGCACCGACUGCAAAAAUAUAUCCAGGGAAAGGGAGUUAGAAAAAACCUUUUUAAAUUGUUUCGGAGGUUUAAUCUGAAAUCAAGAUGGAUUUAAGCUGGUUGGGGUCUCUGAUAUCUCCUCUCUUCCAUCGUGGAUGUCAGCUUCCAUAUGCAUGUUGUGGGUUAUUAAUGCUGUUGCUGCAAGUUUGUCACGGCCUUCCGCUAGAACAAUGAACUUCAAAACUAAACUGUGUAUCUUUUUCCAGGGACUGCUAAAAGCGUGUCUUGUUCAGGCAACCCUGCCCAGAUAAUGUAGGAUGCCGACACUCUGUUUUAAUCUGGUUCUUCAGCUUGUGGUUGACUUCCAGUUACUUUUGAAAGUUUUGUAGCUUUUGAAUUUCCUUGUUUUUUUCUGUAAACCACUAUGAGUUUGUUUGUUUUUUAAAACAACAACAACAACCAAGCUGUAUAUAUAUAAUUUUAUCAAAUAAAUAAAUAAAUACCAAUGGGGAACAAAUAAAACCAACAAAUAAAUUUACCCCUUCUCCUGUCUGCCUCCUUUUUAUUGGCUCUGGGGGCCUAGAGGGUGGGCUUUGGGACUUUCCAAGGUGUGGGGGGGAUGGGACGUGGUUAAGGAAGCAGCGUGAACUGGCCUGGGACUUCUCUGACCGGGGGACAUCUUUCUCUCUCAGCCCCCUCCUGGUCUUUCUGAAGGACGCCACUUGCAGCCGGGUGCUGGACAAGGUCCUGGAAGUGUCUGACCGGAAAGCCCUGCUCUCCUUCUAUAAGGCCCACAUGAAAGGGCAGCUUCACGUCCUGGCAGCCCACAAGGUGGCCAACUACACCUUGCAGCGGCUCAUCCAGGCAGCCUCCAGGAAAUUGGUGAGUGACAGCCCUUGCGGCCACCAUGGGGGGGUUGGGGGGGACUGAUCAAAACCGUGCCAGCCGUCAACAUGCAGACCAGCGGGAAGAUUUGCCCUUGGUGUGUGUGUGUGUGUUUGGUUGGGGAUAUUUGCCACAUCUGUUGGGAGUUUUUCUAGGCAACCCAAAACCCUUCCAAGUACAGUGGUACCUUGGUUCUCACACAAAUCGGCUCCUGAACAAAUCAGUUCCCGAAAGCAGCAAACCCAGAGGCGAGUGUUCCGGUUUGCGAAUGUUUUCUGGAACCUGAACGUCUGACGCGGUUUCCGAUUGAGUGCAGGAAGCUCCUGCAGCCAAUCGGAAGCUGCGCCUUGGUUUUCGAACCAUUUCAGGAGUCGAAUGGACUCCCGGACUGGAUUAAGCUUGAUGGUACCACUGUACCAGGCCCCGUUGUAGCAAAGUAAACACAUGGCUUCCAAGCCAUGUCUAGCACGGAGUGUAAGAAAUAAAUUGCAGGAAACGUUUGAAUACAGACAAAGGUAUUUCCCGUCGUUCUUAAGCGUAGGUCACAAACUGUACAUAAAUCAAUCGGAGUCCUGAUAAGAGGUUCAACUUAAAAGCUUUGGGCUCGGUCCAAAAGCUGCCAGACUCCCUCUCUCCAUAUCUUCACAGUACGAUAGCAGAGUUCAGACUAAACGUCUCUCUCUGUCCAGUUCGGAAACUGUGUGUUUAGAAAGCCUUCUUCAGAGUGUCCUUGCACCUGCUGUAAGCAAACCGGCUUGGCGCUGCUUCUGGAAACUUCACACAGUUUAAUGUACACAGGCUGUCAUUUCUGAGAAAGAAUGACGCUCGUCCCAACAUGUUUCCCCUACAGAAAACCACAAACGUGCAAGGUUACAUUGGGGGCUUACUAGUUUAGGGCCGUAGCAACCUUUCUGAGUCCAUGCUUCAUUUGACCACCAACCACAUUGUUUCUGCGGCUCCCCUGCGGAAGCCACUUACACUGGGGUCAAGUUACACGUCAGCGAAGUAUUUCCCUGUUCCGCCCUGUCCCUUUUCGACUGGAACACGAGCGAUGCUGCUGCUGUGCGGGGCUCAGCCGACGAACGCCACAUUGCAGCCCCAGCCUGCCUUGGCCGAAAUUGGUGUGCGCUAGGGGUGUGGGGUGGAGAGGGCAAAACGAGAUUAAGAUCAGAAGCAGAACUACUUGUUAUCGCACAGAAGAAAAGCAAAAAGCACAGCACACGCAUGCAGAUACGGUCAACCUAGCGGCAGCUAGACUGGUGACUGGGAGUGGCCGCCGGGACCACAUAACACCGGUCCUGAGAGAUCUGCAUUGGCUCCCAGUACGUUUCCGAGCACAAUUCAAAGUGUUGGUGCUGACCUUUAAAGCCCUAAACGGCCUCGGUCCUGUAUACCUGACGGAGCGUCUCCACCCCCAUCGUUCAGCCCGGACACUGAGAUCCAGCUCUGAGGGCCUUCUGGCGGUUCCCUCCCUGUGAGAAGCCAAGUUACAGGGAACCAGGUAGAGGGCCUUCUCGGUAGUGGCGCCCACCCUUUGGAACGCCCUCCCUUCAGAUGUGAAGGAAAUAAGCAGCUAUCCUAUCCUUAAAAGACAUCUGAAGGCAGCCCUGUUCAGGGAAGUUUUUAAUAUUUAAUGCUGUAUUGUUUUUAACACUUGAUUGGAAGCUGCCCAGAGUGGCUGGGGAAACUCAGCCAGAUGGGCGGGGUAUAAAUAAUAAAUUAUUAUUAUUAUUAUUUCCUGCAGCCUACUCCCUGUCCCCAUAAAGCUGGGUGACUGUUAAGGAGUGGGGGUUGCCUAGGAAGAACUGGGGAGAGGCAUGUCGGGGGUAGAAGGAGAGAGAAACACAGAAGAUGCUCCUCACUUUCAGGGUUACUUUUAUUUUAUUUUAUUUUUUUAUAUGAUAUUUAUUGAACUUUCAGAAAAAAGAAUUACACAAAAACAAGAAGUAAAAAUACAAGAAAAAUACAAAAUACAAAAUACAGAAUAAAAGACACUUAAAAAGAAAAAAAAAGAAAAAUAGAUCAAUCUUUCCAUAGCUUACAUUCAUAUCCUUGUUUCCCUGACCUCCUCAUACCUCCCUUUUUUGUAUUCCAGUUCAAUUAGUUAAGUCAGCAAUUUAUUUCCCUCUUUGUUUUCUCAUAAUCCUUUAACUUAAUAUACUAUAACUUUAAAUUUUCAUCUGUUAUCAAUCCUUUUUUACAUACACCUUUAUGGCAUUGCUGCUUAAACCACCUAGCUUCAUUCUAACAUUCAUUAAUUUUGCAAUAUUUCUGUAAAUAGUCUUUAAAUUUCUUCCCAUCUUCUUCCACCGACUCUACCUACUUUCAGGGUUACUUUUAAAUCCCUCCAUAUAGAGAUCACACAUCCAUCAAGCUCCUUUGCUAUUUUCCUGCAUUUCUCAAGCCCUCUGUGUAACACCAAGGAACUGUUAGCUACUGAAGCUGGGGAGGAUUUUUGGCAGCGGGAAGAUUUUAAGAAGAUGAAUCAGUCACGCAACACUCUUUCCCCACUGUUUUUUUGCCACUGUUAACGAAAGGGCAACCCCCUCAAGUCACCUCAGGGUGCCACGGAACACUGGUUGAAAACCAAUGGUUUUGGGGAAAUGUAAGUAAAAGGGAACACAAGUAAGACGGCAUCUCCUCAGUUUUGGGGGUGCCACAUCCCCGGGGUGCUGCACGCAUGCGGGAAGUCACACAUAGUGGGGAAAUACCACCUAAGAAGCCUUUAAACACCCUCUAAACCUCUGGAGCCCCUUUUAAAAACCAGAGGUUCUUUCUCCUUUCUCAAACUCCAACUCUUCACAGGCCUCAAAGCUCUGUGGUGCAGAAGCUCCUGGGAUCACUUGCUGUUUUCCUGCUCUUUUUUGUAGUUUUUUUUUUUUUUUUUGCAGUUCCCCCACUCUUUUUGGGCCGUUUUUGCCACCCUUGUGUUUAAACUUUUAAACCCUUGUGUUUAAACUUUUGCAGUUUAAAAGCAUUUAUUUCACCAUUUCCCAGUGCUGUGCAUAUAUAUAAUAAUAUAAUAUAUAAUAAUUUAUUAUUUAUACCCCGCCCAUCUGGCUGGGCUUCCCCAGCCACUCUGGGCGGCUUCCAACAAAAUAUUAAAAUACCAUAAUGCAUCAAACAUUAAAAGCUUCCCUAAAGAGGGUUGCCUUCAGAUAUCUUCUACUCAGUCGUGUGCAAGGCUAAUGGGUGUAAGUGGGGAGACCCCUGUAUAAAAUUAUGUGUGGCAUAGAGAUGUUUUUCUCCCUUGCUCUUGAUACUGGACCAUGGUUUCCCCAAACUUGGGUCUCCAGGUGUUUUUGGACUACAGUUCCCAUCAUCCCUGACUUGCUACCUAUGGAUGAUGGGAGUUGUAGUCCAAAAACAGCCAGAGACCCAAGUUUGGGGAAACCUGGGCUAGACAUUUAACAACAACAACAACAACAACAAUUUUUAUUUAUACCCCGCCCUCCCCAGCCAAGGCCAGGCUCAGGGCGGCUAACAAGCAAUAAUAAAAACAAGUUGAAUGAAUACAGCUUAAAAACAAGAUUAAAAUACAUUAAAAUAUUGAAACAUUAAAAUGCAGCCUCAUCACAGGAGGAGAAAGGAAAAAGAAAGAGGGGGAGGGAAUCAAAUUGGCUCCAAGCCAAAGGCCAGGCGGAACAACUCUGUCUUACAGGCCCUGCAGAAAGAAAUCAGAUCCCGCAGGGCCCUGGUCUCAUGAGGCAGAGCGUUCCACCAGGCCGGAGCCAGUGUUGAAAAGGCCCUGGCUCUGGUUGAGGCUAAUCUGACUUCCUUAGGGCCCGGGACCUCUAGGGUGUUGCUAUUUAUGGACCUUAAGGUCCUCCGCGGGGCAUACCGGGAGAGGCGGUCCCGUAGGUACGAGGGCCCUAGGCCGUGAAUAACAAAGCUGAAUAUUGGGAGAAUUCUGGACAGGCAAAAGAGAGGACUUCUUCACACCCCACCUAGUUAAACUACGGAACUUGAAAGGUGGAUCGGAGAAGAAGGCUUAACCAUGGCUACUAGUCAGGGUUUGAAAUCCCCUGGGCGCAUUUUGCUACUGGCAUAGGUCCAGUCGCGGCUACGUGGAGAUUUCUGGGCACCGGGUUGGCGACAGACGUCUCCCAUCGGGCCAGCCAACUGGUGCACAGCAAAAGACACAUGUAUUUCUGCGCUGUCGCAGGAAUCAGGUAUACUGGGCUGAGGCCACUUAGGGCUUUAAAGGUCAGCACGAACACUUAAAUGCUUGGAAAUGUACCAGGAGCCAAUGUAUGGUCUUGGCAGCCAGUCCUAGUCACCAGUCUAGCUGCCACAAUCUGGAUUAGUUGCAGUUUCCAGGUCACCUUCAAAGGCAGCCCCACGUAAGGUAAAGGUAAAGGGACCCCUGACCAUUAGGUCCAGUCUUGGCCGACUCUGGGGUUGCUCAUCUCGCUUUAUUGGCCAAGGGAGCCGGCUUACAGCUUCCAAGUCAGGUGGCCAGCAUGACUAAGCUGCUACUGGCGAACCAGAGCAGCGCACGGAAACGCCGUUUACCUUCCCGCCGGAGGUCUACUUGCACUUUGACGUGCUUUUGAACUGCUAGGUUGGCAGGAGCAGGGACCAAGCAAUGGGAGCUCACCUCGUCGUGGGGAUUCGAACCGCCGACCUUCUGAUCGGCAAGUCCUAGGCUCUGUGGUUUAACCCACAGCGCCACCCGCGUCCCUAUGCAUUAAAUUAGUUGGCUUCAAAUCCCUCUUGACGUCGUUGAGAGGAAUUGCGACGAUGCUGAAACUGGAUGAGAAAGGAAGAUUAAAAACUGGGAAGUUGGGAGGGGAAGAAAAACACAUCUCCCUUAUGCAAAAGGCAUUGGGGAGAAGGCAGUCUACAACUGCCAGCCCUCAGGUUCCCAAUCUCCCUCGUUGGACUCCUUUUCCUUGGAGGUUUUACAGCAGAGCUGCCGGCCAGGGAUUCCUGAGUUUACUUUGCAGCGGGUUGGACUAGAUGACCCUUGGGUGUCCCUUCCAACACUACAAUUCUGCGAUUUCUGUUGGGAAAGUGCUCUUGUAUAUUGACUCUAACCCAGAUUACUGGGCGGAUUGCCCCAAUUACAUCUGUAGAUGAAGGCCUGUAUCAGAAAUGUCAGAUUCACUCCCGUUGGCUCCACCAGGAAUGAUGGGGGUUGUACUUGAACAUGGCCAAAGGUUGUCCAUCCCUGGCCUAGAUGAGUAGAACGCAAUACCAGAAAAGCCUAGCUCCUGGAUCAGGCCAAAGGUCCAUCUAGUUUAAUAAUAAUAAUAAUAAUAAUAAUAAUAAUAAUAAUUUAUUUAUACCCCGCCUAUCUGGCUGGGUUUCCCCAGCCACUCUGGGCGGCUUCCAACAAAGUAUUAAAAUUCAGUAAAACAUUAAAACAUUUUAAACAUUUAAACAUUUUAAACAUUAAAAACUUCCCUGAACAGGGCUGCCUUCAGAUGUCUUCUAAAAGUUUAGUAGUUGUUCUUCUCUUUGACAUCUGGUGGGAGGGUGUUCCACAGGGCGGGCGCCACCACCGAGAAGGCCCUCUGCCUGGUUCUCUGUAACCUCACUUCUCACAGGGAGGGAACCGCCAGAAGGCCCUCGGCGCUGGACCUCAGUGUCCAGGCAGAACGAUGGGGGUUGGAAACGCUCCUUCAGGUAUACUGGACCGAGGCCAGUUUAGCAUCCUGUUCUGCAGUGGCCAGCCACAUGCUCCAAAGUGGAACCCCAGAGGGCAACAGCACUCUCCCAGUUGCCCUUCCCAGCAGACACACUGUCUCCAUAGCCGUUGUGGCUACCAGCCAUAGGUAGCCUUAUCCCCAUGAAUUCCUCUAAUCUUGUGGCGUGAGUUCCACAGUCGGCAGCUAGGCAUCCUUAAGAAGCACUCGACAUUCACAGGAUGCUUACGGCUCCUACCUUAUGAGAGGUAGGAAAACCUCUACAAUGGUACCUUGGUUCUCAAACUUAACCUGUUCCGGAAGUCCGUCCCAAACCGAAGCGUUCCAAAACCAAGCCGCGCUUUCCCAUAGAAAGUUAUGUAAAAUGGAUUCGAUCCAUUCCAGACUUUUAAAAACAACCCCUAAAACAGCAAUUAACAUGAGCUUUACUAUCUAACGAGACCACUGAGUCCUUAAAGUGAAAGCAAUAAUCAAUGUACCGUACUAUAAAAUAAAUAAGACAGUAUCGUAGAUGAUAAAAAUUAAAAUUAUUCACCCCCCUUACCUGCACUGAUGAUAGUCGUCGUUUGCAAGGGGGGCUUUCAUCUAUUUCCGCAGUCACACAGUCAAUGAAUCAGUAGCUGAACUGGGUUCCACACAGUCACAAAAACAGAUGAGCCAAAAAAGCCACAAAAAUGCAAAGUAAAUAGCAAAAACAAAAGCGCCAAACCUAAUCCAUUCCGGAAGUCUGUUUGACUUCUGACAUGUUCAAAAACCAAGGCGCAGUUUCUGAAUGUUUGAAAACCGGAACACUUCUGGGUUUUUGGUGUUUGGAACAGGCGUUUGACAACCAAGAUACACGUGUAACAAGUACCUGGGCGCCAUGCACAAUUUUUCUAUGCUUCGAUUUAGUCUCUUGUUUCCUGCCUUCCCUCUGAAGCCCCAAACAUUGCUACUGUUUCUUGGAAAUGCUUCGUCUCUCCCCCCACUGAGGAUGCCUGCCUCUUCCUGCCCCAUCUCUCUUCCAGCUGGGAAAAAUCCUUGAGGAGCUGGGCCCCGGCGUGGAAGAGAUCUUGGCCUGUGAGCACUUGGGGCUGAUCACAGCGCUUCUGGGAGCCUGCAGAAAACACGGUUCCCACCAGCAGGAGGUGCUGCAACUCCUCAUGGAGGUAAGAACCCUCCCUCCUCCCCUCCGUCCGAAACCCGCAUCUUCUUGCUGAGUCUGAUAUGACCGCUGUUUCCUCCUCUGCUCCUCUCAGGUGUGGGAAUGUUCAGGGAUGCAGGAGAGGAUAUAUUGUUCGAUUAUCGCCUUUCCAACUUGUGUUAACAAGUUCACAAUUUUAGCAGAGUAACAUUCCCUUUUUUUAAACUCAGCGGAUGCAUUUGCUCAGGCUCACUAAAGCCACUAUAAUAACUGUUCUGGUAUUUCCCCCUUAUUCUCUCAUAAUAAGACACGGCAGUCUUCUAUAAAAGUAUAAAAAGAGUUUACUCGCAUUCUGUUCACAAUCGGAUCCCAGAAGGCAGACUUAGCUUAGAAAAGUAACACACACUUGGAAACUAUCUCAUAAGAAGACACUCCCUUUGUCCUCUCUUGGCUGGAAGAGCAUCUUUGGCUAAGCAGAUGUUGCUUCUUCGAUGCAUGUAGUCAAAGAGAGAGAGAUGGCUGCCCUGCCCUGUGCUUUCGUCGUUACCUGCACAGGUGAGGCCACGCCCACCUCUAGUCACAUGCAGAGGAAGUCUGUCCCAGCCCAGAAGGAAACAGGAAGUUUACCUGCUGGCUGGAUAAACACUUCUCCCCAUGGGUAAACAUGUUCACUCUAGGAAUGUUGUACUUGACUGCUCUUGUGUUUCACAUCCCAUAUCAGGCCUUCCACUGCUGGGAGCCCCCGGCCCGCCAGACGGCCUGCGUCCCCCUCAUUGCUUCCGUCCUGGCCUACGAGGUGUAUUAUGGCGAGGACGACGACGAGGAGAACACCCCGCAAGAGGAAGAAGAGGAUCCGUCUCAGCAACAGGUGGGGAAAAGGAGAUCUACAGCCCUGAUCUGGCCACAGUGAUCCACGCGACGGUCACCUCCAGGCUUGGCUACUGUAAUUCGCUCUACGCGGGGCUGCCCUUGAAGCUGACCCAGAAACUCCAGCGGGUGCAGAAUGCUGCGGCAAGACUCCUUACGGGGUCCUCGCCGCGGGAUCACAUUCACCCAGUGCUUUACCAACUGCACUGGCUCCUGGUGGAGUACAGGGUCAGGUUUAAGGUGCGGGUUUUGACCUUUAAAGCCCUAUGUGGCCUAGGACCCACGUACCUACGGGACCGCCUCUCCUGGUAUGCCCCGCGGAGGAACUUAAGGUCCACAAAUGACAACACUUUGGAGGUCCCGAGCCUCAAGGAGCUUAGAUUGGUUUCAACUAGGGCCAGGGCCUUUUCAGCUCUGGUCCCGAUAUAGUGGAAUGCUCUGUCACAAGAAACCAGGGCCCUGCAGGACUUGACAUCUUUCCGCAGGGCCUGCAAGACAGAGCUGUUCCGCCUGGCCUUUGGUUUGGACUCCAUCUGACCCUAAUGUCUUUCCUCCCCUUAUGGUCUUGAUUUAUCAGCUACUUUAAAAUGAGGCUGCAUUUUAAUUGGCAUUUUAACCUGUAUUUUAAAUUGGUAUUUUUUUCUCUCCCCCCACCCCCCGGUGGGAACAGGAUGCUGGCCUAGGUGGGCCAUUGAGGUCUAGCGCUGAGGGCCUUCUGGCGCUUCCCUCACUGCGAGAAGCCAAGUUACAGGGAACCGGGCAGAGGGUCUUCUCGGUGGUGGCACCCGCCCCAAACGUUUAGAAGACAUCUGAAGGCAGCCCUGUUUAGGGAAGCUUUUAAUGUUUAAUAGGUUAUUGUAUUUUAGUGUUUUGUUGGAAGCCGCCCAGAGUGGCUGGGGAAACCCAGCCAGAUGGGUGGGGUAUAAAUAAUAAAUUAUUAUUAUUAUUAUUGGCCUGACCCAGCAGCCUCUUUUCACGUUCCUAUGGGGUUUGACUCCUCUUUGUGGUGCCUAAUCUCGCUCUUCUCUUCCCCGCUAGGCCAGCCCGCCCCGCCCCUUGAGUUCCAUCUCCUACCACGGCUCCCUGAUGCUCCAGGACCUUCUCCACUUUGCCGACCCCUCUGUUGUUCUGCGCAGCCUCGCUGCCACGACCCCCGAGGAUCUGGUCACCCUGGCCCGUGACCCAGCAGGCAGCCACGUCUUCGACGCCCUCCUGGCCAGCCCCUCCGUCCCCGAGAAACAGAGGCGCAAGGUGCUGCGUCGGCUCAAGGUGAGCACUGGGCGGGCUGAUCCCGAGGGCCGAAUUCCUUGCUGAGGAAUGUCGCUUGCUUUCAGGCUGGGCAAGCUCUGCCUCGUCUUGGGCGCUAACCUAUAGGCAGGGCUGUGGUAGAAAUUUAUGGAGCUGGAAGAAAGGUCCCCAUCAGCUGAGGAUUUUUGGGUUUUUGGAAUUUGCAUUUUAUUUAUUUGUCAACAUUCUUAUAUUACAUCGGUAAACGUUGUCAUGGGACGCGGGUGGCGCUGUGGGUAAAACCUCAGUGCCUAGGACUUGUCGAUCGCAGUUCGAAUCCCCGCGGCGGGGUGAGCUCCCGUCGUUCGGUCCCAGCUCCUGCCCACCUAGCAGUUUGAAAGCACACUUAAGUCUUGGUUGACCACAAACUUGACAUGAGCCAACAGUGUGACGUGGCAGCUAAAAAAGCCAAUGCAAUUCUGGGCUGCAUCAAUAGGAGUAUAGCAUCUAGAUCAAGGGAAGUAAUAGUGCCACUGUAUUCUGCUCUGGUCAGACCUCACCUGGAGUACUGUGUCCAGUUCUGGGCACCACAGUUCAAGAAGGACACUGACAAACUGGAACGUGUCCAGAGGAGGGCAACCAAAAUGGUCAAAGGCCUGGAAACGAUGCCUUAUGAGGAACGGCUAAGGGAGCUGGGCAUGUUUAGCCUGGAGAAGAGGAGGUUAAGGGGUGAUAUGAUAGCCAUGUUCAAAUAUAUAAAAGGAUGUCACAUAGAGGAGGGAGAAAGGUUGCUUUCUGCUGCUCCAGAGAAGCGGACACGGAGCAAUGGAUCCAAACUACAAGAAAGAAGAUUCCACCUAAACAUUAGGAAGAACUUCCUGACAGUAAGAGCUGUUCGACAGUGGAAUUUGCUGCCAAGGAGUGUGGUGGAGUCUCCUUCUUUGGAGGUCUUUAAGCAGAGGCUUGACAACCAUAUGUCAGGAGUGCUCUGAUGGUGUUUCCUGCUUGGCAGGGGGUUGGACUCGAUGGCCCUUGUGGUCUCUUCCAACUCUAUGAUUCUAUGAUUCUAAGUGCAAGUAGAUAAAUAGGUACUGCUUUCUAGCGUUUCCGUGUGCUGCGCUGGUGCCGGCUCGCCAGAGCAGCUUCGUCACGAUGUCCAAGUGACCCGGUAGUGUCUCCCGAUCGCGCAGGCCCACGGCGUCUUAAGUGUGAUGGUCGCACAACCCUAGAGUCGGACACGACUGGCCCGUACGGGCAGGGGUACCUUACCUUUACCUUUAAACGUUGUCAUAUUACAUUACAGGACUUACUAUAAUAUAAUUUCCAACAUGUAUACAAAAAUUACCGUAUUUUUCGCUCCAUAAGACACACUUUUUCCCUCCUAAAAAGUAAUGUCCCUCCUAAAAUUUAAUGUUUAAUAUGUUAUUGUAUUUUUGGGUUUUGUUGGAAGCCGCCCAGAGUGGCUGGGGUAUAAAUAAUAAAUUAUUAUUACUAUAAGGGGAAAUGUGUGUGUGCGUCUUAUGGAGCGAAUGGCGAUGCGCAGAGAGGGAAAGCUGCGCAGCGCCCCUUCAGCGAAGCGGGAGGAGAAAUGGAAGGGGCUCCAUUCCUCCUCCCGCUUCACUGGAGAGACACUGUGCAGAGAUGGAGAGAUUUUUUUUAUUGUUUUGAUCCUCUAAAAUCUAGGUGUGUCUUAUGGUCGAGUGCGUCUUAUAGAGCGAAAAAUACGGUAUAUGCAAGUUUGAUAUACCUAGAAAGAAAAUGUAACAAACAAAAAAAGAAGGAACAAAGAGAAAACACAAAAACAACCGCCCCUCAAAUCAUAUACAUACCAACACACUAGACUUCCUGUCUAUCCCGUUGUAUAUUUUUAAGAAUAGACAAAACAAUGUGGGGGCCAAAUUGCAUCCCUGUCUCACCCCCCUAGUCAUCUCAAUGCUGUUUGAUAACUGUCCCUGUCGACCACAUCAGACCUGCAGUUUGGUUCCAUUGUACAGGGCUUUUAUAAGAAAGAGGAGUCGUUUGUCCUGCAAAAUCAGAUUUAAUUUGGACCAUAGCUGGGAUCUGGGGAUGGAGUCAAACGCUGAUUUCAGAUCCAUGAAGGCCACGAAGAGUUUACCCUGUAGAGGCCUGGUAUACUUCUCAGCUAGGAAGGACAGCAUUAGACAGUGGUCUGAUGUUGAAUGGUUCUCAUGAAAGGCUGCCUGGGCUUCAAAUAGUAUAUUAUGUUCAUUCUCUCUCUCUCUCUCUCUCUCUCUCUCUCUCUCUCUCCUCCUCCUCUUUAUAUCCCCAGGGCUGCUAUGUGUCUCUGGCUUGCAGCAAGCAUGGGAGCCGUGUCCUGGACGCCAUUUGGAACAGGGCCACCCUACCAGCCAAGCGAGAGAUGGCGCAGGAACUCGGUAUGACUCUCGUCUCCUCUCCCACAAGAAAAAUGUGUGAGAUGCAACAGCUUUAUUCAUGGGCAGCUGUGAAUUUUGCAGUUUGCUCUGUGGGCGAUUUCUCUCUAAAACCCCCCCCCCUCAAGCUGUCUCUGUCCCUCGUUCUUCCCUGUUCCCUGCCUGCCCUGCCCCCUGAAAGGGCUGCAUCCUGGCCCAGAGACACACGGUACAAAGGGUGCCAGCCUCUCCUUGCAUUCACACCCACCCACACUUGCAGAAUUACUUUUUCGGACAGUGCAGGGAACAAGGGUGUACAGUCAUACCAUGGGAUACAGCCGCUUCAGGUUGCGUUUUUUCGGGUUGCGGACUGACGAAACCCAGAAGUACCGGAAGAGGUUACUUCUGGGUUUCGGCGGUCGUGCAUACGCAGAAGUGCUAUAUCGCGCUUUGGGCAUGCGCAGAAGUGCCGAAUCGCAACCCAUGCGUGCGCAGACGCGGGUUGGAAACGCUGCGGGUUGCAAACGUACGUCCUGCAUGGAUCGCGUUCACAACCCGAGCACCCACUGUACAGUGGUACCUCGGUUUAAGUACUUAAUUCGUUCCGGAGGUCCGUUCUUAACCUGAAACUGUUCUUAACCUGAAGCACCACUUUAGCUGAUGGGGCCUCCUGCUGCCGCCGCGCGCCGGAGCACAAUUUCUGUUCUCAUCCUGAAGCAAAGUUGAAGCACUAUUUCUGGGUUAGUGGAGUCUGUAACCUGAAGCGUAUGUAACCCGAGGUACCACUGUACUUGACGCCUGUUUUCGGAUAUUUGAAGUGACCCCUGGCCAUAGGCAGCGUUCCUCCCCCAAUUGCCUUCUUGCCCAGGCUGUUGAUCCUCCUGUGAUUAGCUGUGAUUUCAGGGGUUGGACUAGAUGAUCGCUGGGGUGUCCCUUCCAACUCUACAUUUCUAUGAAUCUGUGAUCACUGCCAGUAUUAUCCUGGGGACCCCAGUGUGGCAUCCAUGUGCAACAAAGCAUUCUCCGACACCCACCAGGGAACCCACCAAGGUCUCCUACACGCCAUGGUUUUUUAUUUGAACUUUCUUCAAGAGGCCCUGAAUGUUGCCAGUUUUCUUCUGCAAAAUGGUCACCACUGAUUUGCAUCGACGCCAGACCUCUGGGUAGCCUGGGGAGAAAAACAACAACGCGGGAAUUGUUGCUUUGAUGUGAAUGAAUUUUAGACUAGUGGGAAGAUGGAAGUUUUGUUUAUUUUUGUUCAUUUGAUCAUUAAUGGGUCUGAUUAUUGCUUUGUUUAUUAGUUGAGUAUGCUCUUUUUAAAUUGAUGUUACGUUAUAUGAAACAUUCCCCCCCUAAGGUGUUAUGUAUUAUACAGUGGUACCUCGGUUUUCGAACACCGAAAACCCGGAAGCAUUUGCUUCCGUUUUCGAAUGCUUUUUGGAAGUCCCCCCCCCCCCAAUUCCCCCACUGAAAAUGCAGGCUGCUCUUUGCGCUUUGGUUGUCAAACAUUUCAGAAAUCGAACGGUCUUCCAGAACGGAUUUCGUUUGGCAAGCAAGGUGCCACUGUACAGUGGUACCUCGGGUUAAGAAUUCGUUCCGGAGGUCUGUUCUUAACCUGAAACUGUUCUUAACCUGAAGCAUCACUUUAGCUAAUGGGGCCUCCUGCUGCUGCCGUGCCACCGGAACACAAUUUCUGUUCCCAUCCUGAAACAAAGUUCCUAACCUGAAGCACUAUUUCUGGGUUAGCGGAGUCUGUAACCUGAAGCGUAUGUAACCCGAGGUACCACUGUAUAUUUUUCUUUGCUGUGAAUCGCUUAGAUACCUUCGGGUGACAAACGAUUAACAAGCCUAAUACACGAAAUGAAAUGAAUUCCAUACAUUUCUCAACACAGAAUAGAAUAGAAUUUAUUAUUUAUACCCCGCCCACCUGGCUGGGUUUCCCCAGCCACUCUGGGCGGCUUCCAACAGAGUAUUAAAAUACAGUGGUCUGUUAAGCAUUAAAAGCUUCCCUAAACAGGGCUGCCUUUCUAUGUCUUCGAAAAGUCUGGUCUGGUAGUUGUUCUUCUCUUUGACAUCUGGUGGGAGGGCGUUCCACAGGGCAGGCGCCACCACCGAGAAGGCCCUCUGCCUGGUUCCCUGUAACUUGGCUUCUCGCAGGGAGGGAACCGCCAGAAGGCCCUCGGAGCUGAACCUCAGUGUCCGGGUAGAACAAUGGGGGAGGAGACGCUCCUUCAGGUCUACUGGACCGAGGCCGUUUAGGCACCCCCCUGCUCCCCCAACUUCCAGGCAGAUGUUCUUCAGGGUUUUAGGCUUUUCACGAAACCCUAACCCUGGAGAUCCCCCCCCGAACUGUGCUCUUUAGGUCUUAAAGGCUUCUUCUUCUCCUCCCCCCCCCCCCCAAUUUCCAGCGGAGCAUGAAUCACGACUGCAGAACGACCCCUUUGGGCACUUUCUGGUCCGCAACUUCUCCCUGAACCACUUCCUCAAGCGCCGCCAAGACUGGGAGCGCCACCACAAGGCGAAGAAGAAACGGCGGGAGCUGUUCUCCGAGAUCCUGGAGGACUGAAUCGGGAAGAUGCAGUUGGCGGGAGGUCGGGGCUGAAUGAAAACAAAGGGCUGGUGCCCUCUAGGGGGCGCUGUGAGCCUCUCCCAAACCACAGAGAACCCGGAGGAUUGUUCAGAGCAGGGAAAUGCCGCCACUCUGCACUUUCCUCCUCUUGUCUGCUCCCAAAUGGAUCUUUGGUUGUUAUGCAUUUUGUUGUUUUUAAACAUUUGUGGGGACAACUCAAUAAAGUUUUGCUUAAUAUAUCUAUUAAGAGAGUCAUUUCUUUCUUGGCACUGUCGUGC